UCUCUUUAUAGAUCUUCAUCAUCUACAUUAGCUUAGUUCUGUUUCUAUUCCAGAAAGUAGGCCGGAAAAGAAAUUAAUGGCCUCCACAAACGCAUCUGUUGUCUUCUCCGGAAGCAAAGCAGUCACAUCCCAUGAAGAAGAACAUCCAGUGAAGGCCUUUGGGUGGGCAGCUAGAGACAACUCUGGCCAUCUCUCUCCUUUCAACUUCUCUAGAAGGUCCACAGGAGAGGAGGACGUGAGACUUAAAGUGCUCUACUGUGGUAUAUGUCACACUGAUCUUCACAACAGCAAGAACGAAUGGGGCUCCGCCAGUUACCCUCUUGUGCCAGGGCACGAGGUCGUAGGAACUGUGACAGAAGUUGGAAGCAAGGUGAAGAAAUUCAAAGUUGGAGAUAAAGUAGGCGUGGGGUGCUUGGUUGGAGCAUGCCACUCCUGCGACGACUGCUCUCAUGACCUCGAGAACUACUGCCCCAAAUUGAUACUAACCUAUGGUUCUCUGUACCAUGAUGGAACCAUGACAUAUGGCGGUUACUCCGACACCAUGGUGGCCAAUGAGCGCUAUGUGAUUCGUAUCCCCGAUAACAUGCCGCUUGACAAGGGAGCACCGCUCCUGUGUGCCGGGAUCACAGUCUAUAGUCCCUUAAAAUAUUAUGGACUCGAUGAACCAGGUAUGCACAUCGGGAUAGUUGGGCUAGGUGGGCUUGGUCAUAUCGCUGUCAAAUUUGCCAAGGCUUUUGGAUGUAAAGUCACGGUAAUUAGCACAUCCCCUGCAAAGAAGAAAGAAGCCAUUGAACAUCUUGGUGCAGACAUGUUUCUGGUCAGCCGUGAUGAACAACAAAUGCAGGGUGCAAUGGGCACAAUGGAUGGUAUAAUUGACACGGUCUCUGCAAUUCAUCCUCUCCUUCCGUUGAUCGGCCUUUUGAAGUCCCAAGGAAAGCUUGUUAUGUUGGGGGCACCAGAUCGGCCACUUGAGCUUCCCGUCUUUCCUUUAAUUUUGGGAAGGAAGACUGUGGGUGGUAGUCUCACCGGAGGAUUGAAGGAGACGCAAGAGAUGAUUGAUUUUGCUGCAAAACACGAUAUAAAGUCGGAUAUUGAGGUAAUUUCCAUGGAUUACAUCAACACUGCAAUGGAGCGUCUUGCCAAGGGUGAUGUCAGAUACCGGUUUGUCAUCGACAUUGGAAAUACCCUUGCUGCUUCCAACCCUUAAACAUUAUUAUCAAACGUGUUGCAUCAUUUCAAUUCCUUCCGUAAAGAGUGUUGUGGAUGUCUCCAUAUUUUUAAACUUUAGCAAGA